AUGGCUAGCAACCUGCCGUCAGACAGCCUUCCAUCAGAGCAGACACCAUCACUAUCAUCCCAGGAAAGGAAUUCAGAAAAACCAGACUACAACCCUGAGGUUUGGCAUGUGAAGUUCAGAGCUUUCAGCCCCUCUGAGCAGUCGGACCCCAUCCAGGAUCUGAAGAGGAUCUCUGAGCUAUGCUAUCAAUGGCUGAGACCAGACCUGAAUAGCAAGGAGGAGAUGCUGGAUCAGCUGGUGUUGGAGCAGUUCAUGAUCUCCAUGCCUCCAGAACUGCAGGCCUUAGUGAAGGAGAGCAGAGUGAGGAGCUGCAAAGAGUUAGAGAAGCUGCUGAGGGAUGGUGAGAAACCACAACAUUGGGAAGUUUUGCCAGAUACAUUUCUUGAGAGCAGAGAACAGGAUGACCUGAGAAAUGAGCAGAGCCCGGGGAGUGACUCUGUGCAGGACAGGGAGGAGGCCUCUGUGAUGACACCUCAGGACCCUCAGCCAACACAGAGUUCUGAUUCUGUCAGAAGAAAGGAUGUAAAGAUUCCCCAGGAAGAUUCAAAUACAGAUGCUGCCAUACCGUUGACCCAUGUUCUGGAAAGAAGAGAUUCAGCUGCACACACAGAUCUUCAGAGUCUCUCUAGUUCCAAUGGAGACAAAGUUCCCACUGGUCCAGGAGGGGCCUCCUGUGUGGACAAGACACAAGAUGGGCAGCUAGGCCUUGCUUCCCUACAACCUGUAGAGCCUGUUGACCAUCUUGCCGGCCAGGCUCAGUUUGUGUGCAAUGAAUGCAAGAAGAGCUUCCCUUACAGGUCUCAGUUCAUCAUCCACCAGAGGUCUCACACAGGAGAGAGACCCUUUGAGUGCAGAGUGUGCAAAAAGGGGUUUGUGCAAUCCUCAGACCUUCGGGUCCAUCAGCGCAUCCACAGGGGUGAAAAGCCUUAUGUGUGCAACAUCUGCAGCAUGAUGUUUGCCCACAAGUCCACUCUGCGGGGUCACCUUAGGACCCACUCAAAGGAGAAGCCAUACGAGUGUGAGCACUGUGGGAAAUGCUUCAGCCACAGGGGCAACCUCAAUAUCCAUCUCCGCAUCCACAGCGACUCAAGACCUUACAGUUGUAAGGACUGUGACAAGGCCUUCAGACAGCAGGGGACUCUGAAAAAACACAUGAAAAUCCAUUCAAGAUGGGCAUCCUUGUGA